AUGCCUUCCUUCUUCAAGCGUAACAAGAAGGCUCCCGAGGAAGCCCCACCUACAACAGCACACUCCCAAGAUGUCCCUGACCUGCCUGCUGGCAUGUCACAAAGACGUCCCGAUACGGCGUCUAUGCCCUACGUCCCCAGGACUCCUUCUAACCUAGCAUUCGCUGGCCCAGUCUAUCAAAAUCAAAUAGGUGCUGCUGACUUGCGGAAACAACCCCGACCAUUCAAGAGUUACCGGCUACGCGGAGAACGUGAGCAGCCAUGGGUCAAUGAUCCAAGAAUGAAGAAGACCAAGGUCGGCAACUGGAUCACCUUUGGUUUCAUCAUGAUUGGUGUCUGUGUCAGUGGAUACAUCAUGUACACUGGUGUACAAGAGGCGCAAAUACCUGAUCAAUGUCUUAUCAUGGAUGAUCACUUUGAAAAGAUUGACCCUGCCAACUGGGGCUACGAGAUUCAGACUGGCAACUAUGGUAACGGCGAGUUUGACUGGACCACCGACGACCCAAAGAACAGCUUUGUCGAUGCUGAUGGUCUCCACAUUGUCCCAACCCUUACCACCGAAUCCACCGGCAUCACUCAAGACCAACUCAUGAACGGAUACACAUUGAACAUUACCAAGACGUCCGGUGAUGGCUCCUGCACAUCUGACGACUACAAGUCUUGCGGUGUCCGGUCCAACGCUACUCUCGGAACGAUUAUUCCCCCGGUCCGGUCUGCACGUAUGACAACCAAGGGUAAGAAGGCUAUCAAGUACGGUCGUGUCGAAGUUGUUGCCAAGACAGCCAAGGGUGACUGGCUAUGGCCCGCCAUUUGGAUGAUGCCCCAAGACAAUGCAUACGGCGAAUGGCCCCGCAGCGGAGAAAUUGAUAUCGCUGAAUUCCGCGGUAACAACUACACCUACCCCGAAGGCCGUGACUUUGUCUCUUCCACCCUUCAUUGGGGCCCCGACUACAAGCACGACGGCUACAUCCACACCCACGGCCAAUCCUUCUUCCGCCGCACAGACUUUGCCUCGAGCUGGCACACAUUCGGUCUUGAGUGGACCGAGAAUUACAUCAUGAUGUACUUGGACGGUCGUCUCAAGCAGGUCAUGUACUACAAGUUCAACGACAGGAACAACCUAUGGAAGAAGGGUGGCUUCAACGGCGUCACUACUAGCAACGGAACCCUUAUCGACGACCCAUGGAGGCUUGGCGGUAACAACGCGCCUUUCGACGAGAAGUUUUACCUCAUUCUCAACGUCGCGGUUGGUGCUCAGAACGGCUGGUUCUUUGAUGGCGAGGGCAACAAGCCCUGGGUCGAUGGCAGUGACUUUGCUGCCCGCGACUUCUGGAAUGCCAAGGACCAAUGGCUUCCCACCUGGGGUGAGGGGACCGAGCGCGGUAUGACUGUCAAGUCUGUCAAGAUGUGGCAGGCCGGCAAAUGCUAGUUCCGAUUAUAGUUCAGCCCUGAACUCCUUGUUUCUUUCUUCCUACUUUUUGCUUGCCGGACGAUGAAGUCAGCACGGCUCAUUAUUUCUUUUCCGCCCACACACACGGCACAUUAGACACAUGUUUUGUAUCCGCAUAUCGGCAUUGGUAGAGGCGCAUGGGGGCGCCAUCCGAGUAAACAAAACUCACAUGCAGCGCAAGCAUGUAACAUUUUUCCAAUAGAGAUGAGAUUACAUAA